AUGGGAAGGGGAAGAGUUGAACUGAAGAGAAUAGAGAACAAAAUUAAUAGGCAGGUUACAUUUGCUAAGAGAAGAAAUGGGUUGCUAAAAAAAGCUUAUGAACUCUCAGUUCUUUGUGAUGCCGAAGUUGGUCUCAUCAUUUUCUCCAACCGGGGAAAGCUUUAUGAGUUCUGUAGCAGCUCUAGUAUGAUGAAAACUCUGGACCGAUACCAAAGGUGCAGCUAUGGAGCACUAGAUGCUAACCGGGCAGGCAAUGAGUCACAGGGAACUUACCAGGAGUAUUUGAAGCUGAAAACAACGGUCGAGGUCCUACAGCGAUCUCAGAGAAACCUUUUGGGAGAAGAUCUCGGUCCGUUGUGCACAAAAGAGCUUGAUCAACUUGAGAAUCAGCUGGAGACAUCCUUGAAGCAUAUCAGGACUACAAAGACACAAUUUAUGGUUGACCAGCUUGGCGAACUUCAAAAGAGAGAACAAAUCCUACUUGAAACUAACAAGGCCCUGAGAAGGAAGUUUGAGGAAAGCAGUGCACAAAUUCCUCUUCGACUACCAUGGGAUCAGAAUGGAGAACAAAACAUGACAUACAACACUCGUCUCCCUUCUCAAUCAGAAGGGUUUUUCCAGCCCCUGGGAGCCAACUCCAAUAUCCAUAUGGGAUACAAUCCAAUGGUGGUGAGUACUGCUGGUGCGGAGGAGGUGGUAAGUGUUAGUGUUGCAGGGCAAACUCAGAGUACUGUGAAUGGAUACAUUCCAGGAUGGAUGCUUUGA